AUGAACGACGCCUCGACGGCCUUGCUCACGGAGCACUUCAGCUACACGCCGCUGUCCCUCAUUGACGACGUUAUUAACUCAGUUAACAACCUCAUCUACCAGGCAAUAUCAAGCCUUGAAGACGGGCUUCAGUCGACGCCUCCAGAGCGACUAGGCUUCAGACAUGGACCAGGAACCAUCCCCGACACAGAUGACGAUGGCAACAUACAGUACCCUGAGGCCAGGUUGGAGAUAGAGAAUGGCUUACACCAGCUCGAGACUCUACUGGAGGCUACUGUCGAUAAGGCCUUUGAUAAAUUUGAGAUUUACGUACUGAGGAAUGUCCUGACGGUGCCUGAAGAUUUGACUGGAUGGAUCCGGCUGAGCCAUCAUGAGGGGUUGUCGCUUGAACCAGCUCGUGAAGGCUCUCCAACCGAAGAGUCUUUAACGUUACAGAGGCAAAAGUUACGCGAGACGAAGAAGCUUAAUCGUAUGCUGGCGGAGGAAUGUUCGAAGAAUGACGCGGUUUUAUCUCAACUAAGGUCUAUGGUUUCAACCAUGCAGCAGAGCCAUGGCACAGCUUCUGCUUCUGCGGAUGUAAACAGUGGUGUCGAUAUGCAGCUUCCCAACCUGUCUUUCCUGCUAUUCGACCCUCGUGCAAAGAAAUUGCGGAUAGGAGACGGGGGUGCUGGCCCGUCUCAUACCCCUCUUACGACCAAUACCACUUUCAUCCUUUCUCAACUACCCGCCCUGCGAGCUGUGUUGGCGCAACUACGCACGAAAUUACAGACCCUUCCUAAAUCCGUUAGUGAGAUGGAUUUGGAUCAAAAGAAGGGCGAGAGAAGAGAGUACAUCAAUAGCAGGGCUAAGCUGCAUCUGGAACGAACGAGCGGAAGCAGUGAAUCUGAACAAGGCCACAGCGUUAUUCGAGGGAAGAGACUAAACCCGGAAGAGGUGCAGGCCCUCGAGGGUAUUGCAACGACUUUCUCAAAGUGA